CCUCCAGACUUCAUAAAACACGUUCGACCAUAUCUCAAGCGCUAACCGAUAGGUAACGAUUCAGAGAGAGAGAGAGAGAGGGUUAAAUCAAACGUAGAUUUCAAGCAAUGGCAUCGAUGACAAUGACAGCAACGUUCCUCCCAGCCGUCGCUAAGCUUCCGUCCCCCACCGCAGGAAGAAGGAUGUCCAUGGUCAGAGCCUCAACGAGCGAGAACACACCCAGCUUAGAAGUCAAGGCCAAGGAGGAACAGAAGAGCACCACAAUGAGGAGAGAUCUCAUGUUCACUGCUGCAGCUGCCGCCGUUUGUUCCUUGGCUAAGGUAGCCAUGGCGGAUGAAGAGGAGCCCAAGCGAGGGACAGAGGCGGCUAAGAAGAAAUACGCUCAAGUCUGUGUCACAAUGCCUACGGCAAAGAUCUGCCGCUACUGAUUCAACCAUCCCACCUUUCAUGUCCCUCUCUCUAUCUCUUUCUAUUGUUCGGUAACUUUUCUCAAAUUUGGUAUGUAAUCAUAUAUUUGAAUCAAAAUCUUAUAAUCUUCGACUA